AUGUCAACAAUAACGCCCAGCCCCACCCUCGACCCCGACUGGACGCCAUCAGUAUACGGCUGUAACAGGAAAGGCGACUUUUGGAUCUGGGAUUACCACGCAGAAAAUGAUCAACGCACGGUACUAGGAGGCCCAUCUCAGACCACCAACUGCCUCCCAUCGACCUGGGAUCCCUCCCGUGCGUAUGCCGGAACACAAUGCCCGACGGGCUACACCUCUGCUUGUCUGUCGACCGCGUCAGCGACACCAACAACGACAGUUUGCUGCCCCACCAUCUACUCGUUUAGCUGCGUUGACAACGCGAGCCGGAAUCCCCACGGUCCCUGGUUUCCUUGUAUGUCGCAGUAUGAUACUUCCAUGAAACGAAGGGUCACCGUGACCGACUUCGCUGCGAAUACAAUCGACUUUAAGGAUGUUAACCAGGCAACCAAUCUCCAUCUCUUUGCGAUGGGCAUCAGCCAUACAAGUCCGACCGCGACCGACCCAGGGGACUCGAGUGCAACAUCAUCACCCUCCAGUACCUCUUCCAGUACCUCUUCCGGUACCUCUGAGCCCAGCUCUUCGAGUAGCAUAAGCGCAGGUGCAGCCGCGGGCAUUGGGGUUGGGUCUGCAGCCGGUGUUAUGCUCAUAGGGAUACUAGGAUGGUACUUGCUCCGUCGAAGGAGGAAGGCAGAGGCGAAUGGUCCUCCAGUUGUCGAGUAUCCUGUACAGGUCGGUGAUGCGAAAGAGAUGCCCCGUAACGAGCGACCGCAAGAACUAUACGGGGAUACUGCGAGGGAACUUCCGGGUUAA